UGAAGUCCAUGGGCGACGGUAACCACUCAUCAUCAGGUGAUGCGUAUGCUCGUCUGCCUACAAGGACAAUAAAAAAAGUAGCACAGUUAAAAUAAAAAAAAACGCUUCCCAGUGAUAUUAUUAUUUAUGUGGUUUGCAAAUGCUUGUGGGACCAUCAACACACCCAGCGAGCGUUAGAUAUCUUAGCCGGUUAUAGUGUUAUAUUGAGUCUUCGUUAUCAAAGUGAUCAAUGGUGUUCACGAUGCCUAUUUACAGUAAUAAAAAAAACAUGAUUGACGCAAAAGAUUUAAUGGUGAUCGAUAUUAAAAUCUAGUUCCAGUGAUACAGACAUCUAUUUUUGAGCGUGCAAAAAUAUCAUAACUAGGUAUAAAUAUUUAAAUAGAUGUGGUCUAAGUUGCUGUCGCUAAAGUAAAAGAAUAAAAAACGAGUACGGAGAUAUUUACGGAACUAAAUAUAUAUUUCCGUUAUUGCCUCGCUGUAGUCCUCUGUCCUCUUGAGUAAUAAUUGAUUUCAGUACGACACUGUCUGUACCUCCUCAUCUAAACAUGAAGGUCACUAGGUCACCUACUUUCGCAAUGCAACGCAAACUUUUACAAUAUUGCAAACUCCUUUCUGACGUCACGCGCGGCACGUCACUUUUGCUCUCGUUCGGUGGGCUUGCUCAUAGCCCACCUAGUGUUAAAUGACGAAAACCAUAGACAUCGUCUCAAAUUCUAGAACUUAAAUCUUAGAUGUCUUAAAUUCUAUUGUACGACUUUUCUACCUCACAAUCAGAAAUUAGUCAUUAUUAUGAUAUCAACUCAAAUAGUAUCAGAUUUUAGGAAAAUCAGCUAUUCCGAUUUCGUAGGAAACAUGAUAUAUUUAUCUAUUCGCUAAUGACUGAAGGAAGAAAUAGUGUAAACUUAGUAAUUGUCUACUGAUCGUGAUAUACAUAAUUAAACAUUGAUGUUUAAAAACCAAUAAUACCGAACCAAUAAUGUUAGUACAACAGAGAAUAAGUAAGAGUAUUAUUAUAAAAUUCUAAAAAUAUAGUACCUAUUUGAUUAAUCCUUUUACAAUGAGUUAUUAUUGCAAAAAUAAUUUAAAGAUUGAAAAAAAUCAUUAACUUCAGAAUAAAACCAAAGUAGAUUUUGACAAAAAAUUUAACAUACGAAAAGUACAACUUUUGCUACACAAAAAUAUUUUUUACCGCUGGGCACACUACGCGUUCUGAAACUCCGUGAGAGAGCUGUGUUACGAUUAUUUUUUUACGGAAAUAAAUCAAGAACCCAAAGAAUAUUAAAAUUAAAAGUCUAUAAUUACACACAAUAGUUAUGGACUACAAAUAAAUUAUAUUUUAACUUUUUUGUGUCUUUAAAUCGCACACUAUUUUUAUUAAAGUGUAAAAACGGAGGUUAGACGAUUUCAGAACGCACUCCAUCCUCCAUGUUUUGUGCUCCAUUCAGCCACUGUCUUGUGAAAUGUAGUUUAGAAUUUUACCUCUGUUUCCAUUCGGAUUGUGCGUAAUUUGUGAUUUCAUUAUCAUAAUUUUGACUUUGUGCAUUUGUUUUGUAUCAAAUACGUAAAAAUGUCGUUCCCGUGGAGAUCUCGUUCGGAAGUAUUGAUUUCUGGAAAAUACAAGGUGUCGAAAAAGAUCGGUGGUGGAUCGUUCGGUGAUAUAUAUUUGGCUAUCAACAUCGGAACUGGCGAGGAGGUGGCAGUGAAAGUUGAAUCUACAAAGGCCCGACACCCCCAACUUCUCUAUGAGAGCAGAGUGUAUAAAAUGCUCCAAGGGGGUGUAGGCAUACCACACAUAAGAUGGUACGGCUACGAGCGCGAAUACAAUAUCCUGGUCAUGGACCUGCUGGGCCCCUCGCUCGAGGAUCUCUUCAACUUCUGCACCCGCCAGUUCACGAUAAAAACCGUUCUAAUGCUUGCAGAUCAAAUGCUGAAUCGCGUCGAGUUCCUCCACUGCAAGUGCUUCAUUCACCGCGACAUCAAGCCGGACAACUUCCUAAUGGGCAUCGGCCGGCACUGCAACAAGCUGUACAUGAUCGACUUUGGACUCGCGAAGAAAUACAGAGACCUUCGCACCCGGGCUCACAUCUCUUACCGCGAAGACAAAAAUCUUACAGGCACGGCGCGCUACGCCUCCAUCAACGCCCAUCUAGGCAUAGAGCAGUCGCGCCGGGACGACAUGGAGUCCCUCGGAUACGUGCUUAUGUACUUCAACAGAGGAGCUCUGCCCUGGCAAGGUCUGAAGGCGAUCACGAAAAAGCAGAAGUACGAACGCAUCAGCGAAAAGAAAAUGUCCACCCCCGUUGAAGUUCUGUGCAAGGGCUUCCCGGCCGAGUUCGCCAUGUUCCUCAACUACUGCCGCGGCCUCGCCUUCGACGAGAGCCCUGACUACAUGUAUCUUAGGCAGUUGUUCCGGAUUCUGUUCCGUACGAUGAACUAUCAGUACGACUACACGUUCGACUGGACGAUCCUGCGUCAGCGUAAGCACCACCUGGAGAGCGCAGCCGCCGCCGACCGACGCUCGCCCUCGCUGCAACGCCGCGCCGCGCCCCAGCCGCAGCCGCCGCCCAACAACGAGUGAAAGAGAGCACGACGUUCGGCGACAGCGGUGGCGCCGGCCAAGAAGAGGGCGCGAUAGCUGUGUGCGCGCGUGUGUUGUGUGUGUGUGUGUGUGUGUGUGUGUGUGUGUGUGAGUGAGUGCGUGCGCGUACGUACGUGCGUGCGUGCGUGCGUGCGUGUGAAUGCGUGACACGGGCCGCCCGUCCCGGACGCUUGCAUCGUGUUCAACGUGAACGAUACUAUAACCUACAUUCGAGAGUUUAUAUCCCCCCGUUGACAGUACGAGAUAUUGUAAAUAUCUACAGCGACUCGUGCGGCGACACCGCUGGGAGACCGACGUCCCCUCGACCGGGCUAGUACUUGGCCGAGCCGCUGACCCGCGCGUAGCGGUGUGAGCCUACGUGAGCGUCGCUGUGCACUCACACUCUCGUCACGACCGACCUUAUAGAGAUAUUUUUUGUUGCAUCUGGGUUACCGGAGCUCAUAGACGUCUACAACGUAAAUGCCGCCACCCACCUUGAGAUAUGAGUUGUAAGGUCUCAGUAUAGUUACAACGGCUGCCCCACCGCCUUCAAACCGAAACGCAUUACUGCUUCAUGGCAGAAAUAGGCGGAGUGGUGGUACCUACCAACCCGUGCGGACUCCCAAGACUUACCACAAGUAAAGAUUUUUAAAUGAUUAGCCAUUUCAUUUUGUAAUUUUUUAUUAUUUAAUCAGCGUGGUUUGUUAUUUGAAUGACAACACUGUACAGAUUGUCUACGGAGGGGGUUGCCAUGUAACAAAAGUGAAAUCGAUUCGAGGCGUAAUCGAUUUUAAGGCAAUGGUCGCGAGGUACGGUGCACGGCGACAUUCAUUUGAAACUUACGACGGAGGAGCACUUAGAUAGAAAGAUUAAACUUUUAUUAUGACUUCAUUGGAAUACAACAUUCGAUAGUGAAAGAAAACCGAACUCUCACAGUGCGGUCUCUCGAGUAUUCGCGAAAUUAUAAAUAAUCUGUGUGUUGGAAUCGCAGAAGUGUAACUUUUAUGUUUAUUGUAUGUAAUUUUUGUAUUUCAUUUAUAGUUGUUAUUAAGGUGGAGUGAAUACAGUUGGCAACACGUUUUCACGAUUUAAAAUAAAAUAAAUCGAGUAAAAUUGUUAAAAAUAAAAAAUAUUAUAUUAUAUAAAUAAAUAUAACAACGUGACAAUUCGAUUAAUGUGUUUACUCUCAAAAUGUGUUUACUUAGUUUUUUAAUGUUAGUUAUAUUUUUCUUAAUUAGCCAAUGUAUAACUUCGUCUAAAUAGUAUGAACGUUCUCUCUGUAAAUACGCGAAAAAUAUGUUUUGGAUGAGACCAGAACGUGUUUUUUUUUUUUUUUUUUUUUAAUAUUGGCGUUGAAGUUCAUUAAUAAAAAUAAUAAUAAAAUACUAAUAAUGUAAGCGCGUAGUUCUGUAUGGUCAAAAUGAAAAAAACAAAAAAAAAAAUAUAUAGAACUAAAAGAUUUGAUAUCCAUCACCUUUGAAACGCAACGCUUCAAUUUAGUGUUGUAGAGUUUUAGUUAAGGCUUAAUUUUUAUUUGCGAAUUUAAACAAUAUUACAAUUAAAAAAGAAAAAAUGUAAAUACAACAUGAGCGAUGCGUUUCAAGGGAGAUUUGGUACGUAUUGUAUCUUAUAUUUUAAAAUUACUGCGAAACAAAGUGUUCAUUUUAAAUUGAUUUUUUUUUUUUUUUUAAUUUAGGAACACUAUAACUUUAGGUUCUUUUUUUUAUUUUGUUCAUUGAUACACUAUGUUUGUUGGUUCGUAGUAAAAUUUGAUUCAUGAAGUUUUUUUAAUUGAAACAGGUAUGCGAUUUUAAAUUUUGAGGUUAUAUAGACAGUUUUUUUUUUUUUGAACCUUAACGGCUUGAUAAUAAAGAACAUUUCGAGUUUUGUUUUAUGAAAUUCAACAAGAGAACCGCUUCAUCGAGACGCAAGUAUGUACAUGUACUUCAUAGAAACGCAGUGUAUCGCUGAUGGAAAAAAAAACCUUUUUUUUUUUUUGUCUAAGUAUGGCGGGGUUUCGUGACAUUGCGAUACUGGUUCGCUCUACAAUAUGAAUUUGCAGUUGAUAUUUUUAUACGGGACGCGUGAAAUAAAACCGAUUGCUUCAAGAAUGAUAGCAGAAAAAAAAUUCGAGUGUCAUGAAACUCUGUAUUUAUUAAUUAUUAUAAUUUAGUUAGUUUUACGAUGAAUGAUGCGAAUGGAAUGCGUUUGAGGUCAAAUGGUGGCAAAAUGGCGGCGGUUGUUUUUUUUUUUUUUUUAAACGCCCUUAAUCCGAUUUCGUUUUUAGAAUACGUGUCCAAUUUCUUUGUAAUAUUAGCGAUCUAUGUUCGUUCUCAUCUAAAAUUUGUUUCGUUUUGUGAUAGAAUCGAUCUCCCGUGUACUCCUGCAAUCAGGAUCGUGUUUGACGCAGACCGUUUUGUCGCCAGUUGAGUGUGUGUCCACGGUACUGCACUAAAAUAAAAUAAACGAUAAUGAACCGGAAAA